AGUUUAAAAAUUUUUAUUGUUCAAUAAAUGUUUAUCCUGUUCGACCCGCAACCUACGGUGUGUUUUGGAUUUUGACCCCUUGUGCGAUUGAGUUUGACACCCCUGCUAUAGGCCAUUUAUUUACAGAUCAUAUCCAACAACAGAUUUGUUGAAACAACAUUUUAAUUUAAUUCUUAAAUUGUUAGUUAACUAAGUUUUUUUAUGUAAUUUUAUAACAAUGGUUUAAAAAAGAAAAACAAUUUGCAAACACCUUCAAUAAAACCCCUGGGAAAAAAAAUACUGAUUAGAUUUAAGAAAAAAAAAAACAAAGCAAAACAACAACAACCCUUUGCUCUUUAAUCUGCUUUGCAGCAGUGGUUACUUUAUUGUGGAAACCCAUAUAUAUUAUUGCAAAUUUGUGCUCCUCAUCAGAAAUGCCUCUCCUUGGUUUUGUUUCAGUGAUUGUCAGGAGCAGAAGGAGAACCGCAGGAGCUUCAGAGAUGUGCUGUGUCCUUGUGAACAUGCACAUUAACAGUUAGAAUUGCUGAUGGCUUUGUGCCCUGCAGAAGCUUAUGCCUCGACAUUUUCAACCUUUAGGAUGCAUGUAGACUGCUGUAUAAAUGUGGCUGAUAUCCUGACAGUCAAAUCUCCGUCCCAGCCGGCUGAUCUCUGCUUGUCCUGAAAGGAGCAGCAGCGGCUCUGUAUUUGUCCUUUGGUUGGUGGCAGGACAGGAACAUGUGGUCAUGCAGCGGCCAAUGCCAAGCCCAGAGCAGACGGUAAGGACUGGCAGACCAGCAGCAGGAGCAGCGCUGCCUCUGAGAAAGAAUCCCUCCGUCCCCCAGCAGAAACAAUCCCUCUAAAAGAGACAGGACAGAGAAAGGAGGGUGUGGAUGUGGUAUCAGAGGAGAGGAUGCAGUCGGAGCGAUGCAAAAACAAACAGCGGGACAAGCAGUGGGAUUCAAGCCUCAAGAUGUAGAAUACCUCACCAGAAGAGCACUAAUCAAAGUGUCUGUGAACGCACCGUGACACCAGGGAGUUGCUGGGAUUCAAAGAUAGUGAAGGUGAAGAGGUGCAACUUGAGAAGCCCUCCCUCCACUCCCACUUAGGAUGACAAAUUAGUCCUUAUUCAGCAGGGAGUCAACCAUCACCAUAAGGAUCAGAUGUUGUCCACAGCCCAGCAGAUGCUGCAGGAUAGCCGCACCAAGAUCGAGCUGAUCCGACUGCAGAUUAUCAAAGUCACCCAGGCUGGCGGUGGCAGCAGCAAUCAUACCAGCUCCACUCAAGGAGAGACGACUUCAGAUGGCUUGGAGGCUGUGGAUGCGCGUCUGGCAGAGCUGCAGCAGUACAUGCGCAGAGAAUCCGAUGCGUCGGUGCUGGCCAAGGAUGUGGUGAAGCAGCUGGAGGGGAUCUCAGCUCUGGACCAGAAGGCGCUGGCUGAAGCUCAGUGCCGGGUGCAGGAGUCCUCUCAGAAGCUGGACCUUCUCCGACUGUCUCUGGAGAAAUGGCUGAAGAAGAAGCAGCAGGCGUCUGUUCAGCAGCCUGAGGAGGAGAUCCACCCUUCAGAGGACCUGGCAUCACCCCCCAGCAGCAGGGCUGGACGUCCUCUCUCAACAUCACCAUCCACCUUCUCCAUCAGACCGGCUUCUCUAACAGGAAAACUAGAGGUUAGACUUUUUGGAUGCAAGGAUUUACUGAAACCCGCGGCAGACGCUGAAGACGGCUCUGCAGUUCCCAUCAAAGCUGCUGAACCUUCCACUCAGGUCAGAGCGGUGCUGCGGCUGGAUGGAAGAGCGGUCGGCCGCACCGGCUGGGCUGCUGUCAGCAGGCUGAGCUGGGACCAGAUGUUCUACAUCCAGCUGGAGCGGUCUCGAGAGCUCGAGGUGUGCAUCUUCUGGCGGGAUCAGAAGACGAUGUGUGCCGUCAAGUUUCUCCGUCUGGGGGAGAUGAUGGAGAACCCCACUCACAACCAGGUCUUCAGCCUGGAGCCACAGGGCCUCCUCUUCAUCAAGCUUCAGUUUGUUGACACUGAGGUGGAGCGGCAGCCCAAACUGAGACGUCAGCGAUGCAUCUUCACCAAAGAGCGAGGCAGGAAUUUUCUCCGAGCAGCCCAGAUGAACAUGAAUUUUGCCACGUGGGGUCAUCUGAUGAUGAGCAUCCUUCCUCGCUACACCUCCUUCAACACCUUCAGCUCACAUCCCUCCAUGAGUCCUGACCCAGUAGCCAGCAGUCCCCCUGAUCCAGCUGAGGAGGAGCCCCCCAGCGCCCCAUCCCCAGCAGGAGAGGCUUGGAUGAACAGCCUCAGCAUCACUGAGGAGCGUCUGCCCCCCGUUAGCCUGGCGUCCCCCAACCCUGCAGCACACAAGCUUCCUGAGGCCGAACUGCAGGAGACACUGGUCUCCACUAACAUCUCAGAUGGAAGUGCAGACCAGCCUGCUUCUGCUCUGAGGUUCUCACACCUUCUCAUGUCUGCAGCUGGUGAAGAGUGGAUGACUAGAAUAACAGCUAAACUUUGUGUUUUCUUGCAAGGCUGCAGGUGGAAGAUUUUAAGUACAUUUCUGUUCUGGGACGUGGGCACUUUGGGAAGGUAUCAGUCAGCUUCUCUGCCUCAAGUGAUCCGCUCUUCUGCUGGUUCUCAGUCUUUGUGUGCUGUCUGUGUGGAGGUGCUGCUGGCGGAGUUUCAGAAGACAGGACAGCUGUUUGCCAUCAAAGCCUUGAAGAAGAGAGACAUUGUGAGUCGUGAUGAAGUGGACAGCCUGAUGAGCGAGAAGAGGAUCUUCGAGAUGGUCAACACCUCCCGACAUCCCUUCCUGGUCCACCUCCAUGGCUGCUUCCAAACCUGCGACCACGUCUGCUUCGUCAUGGAGUACCUGCCAGGCGGCGACCUGAUGAUCCACAUCCACUCUGAUGUGUUCACGGAGGCUCAGACCAGGUUUUACUCUGCAUGUGUUCUGCUGGGUUUAGAGUUCCUGCACCUGAAUAAAAUCAUCUAUCGAGACCUGAAGCUGGACAACCUGCUGAUGGAUGCUGAGGGCUUUGUGAAAAUCACAGACUUCGGACUUUGCAAAGAAGGAAUGGGUCAUGGAGACCGGACCUCCACUUUCUGCGGGACCCCGGAGUUCCUUGCCCCUGAGGUCCUGACGGAGGACAACUACACCCGAGCUGUGGACUGGUGGGGGAUGGGUGUCCUCAUCUAUGAGAUGCUGAUUGGAGAGUCUCCAUUUCCUGGUGAAGAUGAGGAGGAGGUGUUUGACAGCAUCGUCAAUGACGACGUGCAGUAUCCAGAGCUCCUUCCUCCUGACGCCGUCUCCAUCAUGCAGAAGCUGCUGAGAAAGAAUCCGGCGAAGCGGCUGGGAGCUGGAGAGAGGGACGCCAAUGAGGUGAAGGGGGAGAAGUUCUUUCAGCUCGUGGACUGGGACGCCCUCCUGGCUAAGAAGGUAAAGCCUCCGUUUGUGCCGUCCAUCAAGCAGCCCACGGAUGUCAGCAAUUUUGACAGCGACUUCACUCGCCUCCAGCCCAUCCUGUCCCCCCCCUCCCAGCCCUCCAGCCUCUCUGCACAGCACCAGGAAGCUUUUGCAGACUUUGACUUCUGUGUCAUGCACAGGUGAAAGAAACUAGGAUGUCCAUUCUGUCCAUGAUCUACCUCGCUGGAAACCAGCAACCUUCAUAUCAACCCUCUGCAAACACCACAAUCCCUUCUCUGUUUGGAAGCAGAAGAAAUCAUCACAAACACACACCAGAAGACAGAGAGGAGCUGAAUAGAAGCUGGACUUCAUCCUCAUGAUCCUCUCCACUCUACAGAUCAAUGCACACAUUUACAACUCAUGAUCAGCACUAGAAUCACGAAACAACAAAGCUUAUCUCCAUGCAGAGAAAGUGAUUGUUUUACAGUAUUAUCUUCAUGGUGCGUCAAACUUUGACCUGUCAGUCUUCAACGCUCCUCUCAGCAGCUUCAUUAAUGAAGUCUGACAAAGGAUUACAUCUUUUAGUCUGUCCUCGCUCAGUCGAUGGCGCUCAGAUGAUAUCUUGAAGAGCAGAGUGACACACACGUACUUUUUAGGAGAGUUGCCUCAGUCCAUUCUGGUUCAGAAACAGCCCAUUUCCCAUCUAAACAGCCCUUUAAGCCAAAGGGUCUCCUCAUUGAUACGCUUUAGCUUUCUUAAACUGACUAUAAAAUGAAUCUAUUUACAGCUUGAACACCAGAGCUCCAGUGUUUUUGUUCUUUUAUUUACUGUAAUUUUUAAAUUGUUCACAGCAUAAUUCCAGUUGAUUGUGAAGGAGAAAAGCGGCUCAUUGUGCUGCUUUUCUCCUUCACAAUCAACUGGAAUUAUGCUGUUAACGGUUGAAAAGUUCUAGUAAAUCAAAGAACAAAAACACUUAAAGGGUUAAGGGGAUUCCCUCAGAGGAUCUUAGUGGAUCUUUCAGAGGAACUCCUGUGUUCUUCUGCAUCACUGUCAGCUGCAGUUCACUGCUCUCAUGGAAAAAAACCCCUCUUAGUUGUCAGAGCUGUGUUUUAGAGAAAAAUAAUCCAUAAUUGAUCUGAAAGAGUUGUAAGAAGUGAAAGUCUGUAUCUUCACAGAGUUGUGCUUGUGAGCACCAGCAGAAUAAGAGGAUCUGCAGAACAACAAAUCAACAAACACACUCCUGAAAGCUUCUCAGAACAUAGUAGACUGGGUUGAGCUCAGAUGGAGUCGCCCUGUUGAGUUUACUUAAACUCUCAGUCGUGUUACUCUUUGGUUGUUCCAUGACUGGAGAGAUAAAUGAUGCUGUGAUCAACCAUCAUUCCAGUCUUUGAAUCGAUCAUGUGACCAUACAGAGUGCUAGAAUGUUCUAAUAAUGAUUGUUCUGAUGUAGAAAAACAACAGUGGGCUGAACUUGAUCAAACUAACAUGU